AUUAUGGCGAGGAUCGCGUAGUGGACCCUUUGGGAGGUCAGGCACACGUUCCACCCAGAGUCAAGAAGGCGGCUGUAUCUGACUGGCUGGAUGGUCAGUCAAAGAAAUGUAGGUUGACGUACUGGAUUUUGUUUGAUGUUGCGAGCGCGUCGUUUGUUCGAAUGGUUUAAAAUGUACUAACCCACCCGGAAAGCUGCUUCGGUGGUCUCAAGUCAUGCACACGUGCAAGAUGAUCCGUCACGCCUGAACCAGACCGGCUCGAUGCAGUCUCUUCACUUCGAUCAUCAUCAGCCUGACCGGUCAUCCAAUCAGACGCACACCCACGAAAGCACUCCGCCUCCGGUAGCGUUCCUCCCAUCACAACAUGCCGACGGCAAUUCGACACAGAAUUAUCAGCAAAACCUGUCUUUUCCGCCAACAGACCACAAUCACCACACCAACAACUAUGGCACGACAGCAUCUCUGGGACUGAUCAACCUUCCACAUCUGCCUUCAUCUGGUUGUCUAACAUCCACGUCAGCGGGUCGAUCAAUGCAAUAUGACCAGUUGUACUUCCAGAUACAGACUCUCCGCCAGCAGAGUCACGCCCAUGAGAUUGAAAUGGCAAGGCGGGACGUCUCGCAAAACCGUAUGGGAUUGGCUCCAGCGCCCCCAUCAUUUGGCGUGAGCGGCCCACUGAAUCGUGGUGGACAAGGGUCCAUCCAGACCCAAGGUCACUCCAGUAUGCCGUCUUUUCAAGCACCUUACAGUCGCUUCAACCCUAAUGGCUCUGUCCUCGUACUGAGGGUCCACAGCAACACCUACGACCAGAACGGCCAGCCGAUCUUCUCUAUACUUCGCAUGCACACCGACGAGAUAUUCGGACCGCGCCUUCAUGCUUACUGUGCCAACCGAGGCAAGGAGUUCGGUGUAGACUGGAUAUUCGUGUACCGCUACCGGAUCGGCACCUACCAGAGCCCUGGGCAUGACAUGCAGAUUACUUUGACAUGGGACAUGACUCCGGCUGAUAUGAAGGGCGACGACAUACCUGGAAUCGCCAUGCGUAACAUGGAGACAAUCUACGUCAUGAAGGUAAAGACACCGGCGAUAGCAGACAUCAAGCGGGAGAUAAGCGAGGACGGCGCUGUGCAGUCUCCCGGUCCACAAGUCAGCCACCAGAUCGCCCACAUCACCAAUGGCGAGACAAAGUACUUCCAGAAUCCCGACGUCACUCGCCAGUGGUACCAAGCCAUCCAGAAGGAUAACGCUCAUCUCCGCGCCUCGCACCACCAGAUGCAGACAGUCAUCACGCAGCUCAGACAGGAGCUCCUCGCAAAGAAGCAAGAGAACACAGAGUUGACCACCAACAUCGCCGAGCUCACCAAGAUGAGCAAAGAGUACCGCGAAAUGGUCGAGCGCCGUGCUUCAGAUCCAACAGUACCGGAUCCUGGCCCACAAGUUGCACAGUUCUCCCUCUCCCGCCCUCCAGCUGGUCGCGUCGCUCGCCAGCGCCCCGGACCUCCCAACCAGCCCGUGCAGCAGCGUCCUGCGCGACAGCGUAUCAACCCCACCGCUGAGUACUACAGGCAGCGCGCCGAGCAACAAGACGCGCAACUGCGCGCCCAAACCGAACCGAACGCCUUCCUCAAGAAGUGCGAGGCCGUUCGCGAUCCAAACGAGCAAGUCCCACACCAGCUCCAACCGCUGCAGUUCCCCAGCUUCGAGAGCGGAUCUACGGUCCCGGACUCUACGCAGCAGUUGAGCAUGGACUUUGCGUUCGAUGGUCAGGCAAGCACCCAGGGUCGCUCCUACGAUGCUGCUGAUACAGUAGUGAAGAGCGGUGUGGAGGCGACGGAGGAGUAAGCAAGGCGAGUGAUCUGAACGCAUAUACGAAGACAAGCGCGAGGUACGGGUAGUAGGACUCACGGUCUACACUCCGUUCGCUCGUGUACGCAGCUUGUGAUAUCGCACACCAUCAUCUGUUGUUUCUGACACAAAUUGUGUGCUCGAUUCGUCGAGUUGGACUACCCGAUGUAUGGGUGUAUUAAAAGU